AUGACACGUCAAGUAACCAAAUCACUUUUCUCAUUUUUCGCAUUUUUAUCUUCGUAUUUUUCUGUUGCGGCAGUUAAUACCUUGCCCAUACCAAAACGGUUCAUCACCAAGCAUAAUGACGAUGGAAACGCGAUAUUUGACACACAGCUCAACGAUGAGUUACCCGAGACUAUCCUCUCGACACACGUCUUCUACCUCGGUUACGUCACUCAAGGGCUUCCGGUUGAUCUCGAAGACGAUACAGACAUAGAGACAUAUGGGAACUACAUUAGUAACUCUCCAGGGCUUAGUGUCCCUGGAGGUUCGGUGCUUCGGAUUGUUGACUUCCCACCCGGUAAAUCAGCCAUGCAUCGAACACUGAGUAUAGACUACGGAGUCGUAAUUGAGGGUGAGAUGGAGCUGGUGCUCGACUCGGGGGAGAAUCGUGUGAUGAAGCGAGGGGAUGUGGCAGUUCAACGUGGGACAAAGCACCAAUGGGUCAACACAGAUGAGGAGAAAUGGGCUCGAAUGGUGUUUGUUCUUCAGGAGAGCAAGCAACUGGCAGUGAAAGGAGUUAAACUAGAGGAAGAUCUGGGGAGCUUGGGUGAUGAGCUGAGACCAUUCGCCUGA